AUGUGCCCUGUCCCAGAGGAGAAUGGCCACGCCAAUGGCCAGGUGAACGGCAUUGGCGCGUCCGAUGGCGAAUACGUCGCCUUCAAGACCAAUGCAUCCUCGCGCCCCCAAAUGACCAAUCCCUAUGCGCCCGUGCAAGACUUCCUCAGCAACGUAUCGAACUUCAAAAUCAUCGAGUCGACGCUACGAGAGGGUGAGCAGUUCGCCAAUGCCUUCUUCGACACUGAGACCAAGAUCAAGAUCGCCAAAGCUCUCGACGAGUUUGGCGUCGACUAUAUCGAGCUCACCUCCCCCGCCGCCUCUGAACAGUCAAGACUCGACUGCGAGGCCAUCUGCAAGCUCGGUUUGAAGUCCAAGAUCCUCACACACGUGCGGUGUAACAUGCAAGAUGCCAAGCUGGCUGUUGCGACAGGUGUGGACGGCGUGGACGUGGUCAUUGGCACCAGCAAGCAUCUCAUGGAGCACAGCCAUGGCAAGGACAUGGAAUACAUCAAGCGAACGGCGAUUGAGGUCAUCGAGUACGUCAAGAGCCAGGGCAAGGAGAUCAGAUUCAGCUCGGAAGACUCUUUCCGCAGCAAUCUCGUCGAUCUCCUCACUCUCUACAGUGCUGUGGACAAGGUUGGUGUCCACAGAGUCGGGAUCGCAGACACAGUCGGCUGCGCAACCCCUCGCCAAGUAUACGACCUCGUCCGAACCCUUCGCGGUGUCGUCAGCUGCGACAUCGAAACCCACUUCCACAACGACACCGGAUGCGCCAUUGCAAAUGCCUACUGUGCCCUCGAGGCUGGCGCCACCCACAUCGAUACCUCGGUCAUUGGCAUUGGUGAGCGAAACGGUAUCACUCCUCUCGGUGGCCUCAUGGCUCGCAUGAUUGUGGCCGACCGCGAUUACGUCAAGUCCAAGUACAGACUUGAGAAGAUCAAGGAGAUCGAGGAUUUGGUGGCCGAGGCUGUCGAGAUCAACGUCCCCUUCAACAACCCCAUCACCGGUUUCUGUGCCUUCACCCACAAGGCCGGUAUCCACGCCAAGGCCAUCCUCAACAACCCGUCAACCUACGAGAUCAUCACCCCUUCCGACUUCGGCAUGAGCAGAUAUGUCCACUUCGCCUCAAGACUCACUGGCUGGAAUGCCAUCAAGUCGCGUGCUGAGCAGCUCGGUCUGAACAUGACCGAGGCUCAGAUCAAGGCUGUCACAUUGAAGAUCAAGGCGCUGGCAGAUGUCCGACCACUCGCAAUCGACGACGCAGACAGCAUCAUCCGUAACUUCCACUUCAACUUGAGCGCGGACAAGGAGCGACCUCUUCUCGAACUCAGUAACGAGGAGAAGGCCAAGUUCGCCAAGGCAGAGCAGGACCUCAGCAAGGAGCAAGAGAAGCGACAACUCGACCAGACGGCCGAUCAGGAGGCAGAUGUACCUGUCGCCAAGAAGACCAAGACGACCACAGUAUCAUAG